UUGGCGUUAAAAGCACUUUGCAGGUAAGGGAAUAGUUAAUUCAGACACGACUGAGACCGAAAAAGACCGAAGCUGGAUUCCGACGUAUUCCCCCUCUCCUCCCUUCCUCACGGCGGUGUAGCGCGGUAGCCAUGUUCCCUGGCGCCUGUUCCGGUAUCGAAAUUCAGUGCAUAGCCUGACGGCCGCUGGGCCCAGUCCCGUCCCCCGCUCGUCGCCUGCAGACCCCUACCUUGUCCGGAGGAUCGCGUCACCGGGAGAGGACUCCUCACUUCGAGUGUAUGCGAGCCCUGUCUGAAACGCUAACGGAUCACCAUCUCAGUGACCCACCUUCACGGUUAAUCUGCUUUUCGCAGCCGGGAAACGACGGCUUUGGAGUCUGCCGAGUUAUUCGGCCGUCUCGGAAUAGGCUACCGGCUGGUUGACGGACUGACUCGCUCGCCCGCCGUGUCGGGACCAGCGGAUUACAGCCGUAGGCAGGACCGCCUCACGGUUUUCUUUUUUUACUUUAUUUUCUCCAGACCAAGAGGAAGAAGGUGUGAUUUUCAUACCUUUAGGUUUUUUUACCCCCCAUCUAGCGAAGAUAGCCCAAGUCACGCUCGUUUGGCCUAAAGUUUAAUCCGCGGUCUCGAUUUGAACUGGAAGCAGCUGAGCCGGUCUCCGCUGACAGUCCCCCGGGUUACGCCGGCCGCACUCUGCAGCUGCUUCCUUCCCUCCCCGGAGACAGCAGAAUGUCAGCCAAGUGCCUCCGACUCGGCCAAAAUCCCGGACGUCGAUUUUAAAACCUCUGAAGCAAAUAUACGCAUUUUUCUCGCCGAAUAAGUUCUUUGCUCACUUGGUGUUUUCCAGACUGCGGCCGGCUGGCCAUAUGAUAAUUUUCAGUGGGCUUCAAACUUUGGGUCCGCUGCUCGCAGCCGCCUGCGGACGUGUAUUUACAGAAUAGGCACUUUUAACGAAGCGACUUGUUGGUCUCGGUAAACGUAGCUAGCUCGCCUCCGGAGGGAAUAGCUAAAUAUCUUUUAUUUUUGCCCCCCGAAGAAAUACCGAAGUAUAGCUACGUAGCUAUAAAUGUACGGCCGAUUUUGAACUGCUUCGUGUCCCCAUCUACUUUUUUUUUUUUUUUUUUUGAAAACCCCACAAAAUGUCAACGCGGCCGGCAUUGUUAACAGUUAUUGAAAAUUCUCCAGCACAGCCUCACUCGGAGCCCAAGGUGGGCGGCCGCGCCAAUAUGCCACGCUGCCGCAACUCGUUUGCCACCACGGCGGACGAGCAGCCGCACAUCGGCAACUACCGGCUGCUGAAGACCAUCGGCAAGGGCAACUUUGCCAAAGUGAAACUGGCCAGGCACGUGCUGACGGGGAAAGAGGUGGCUGUGAAAAUCAUUGAUAAAACUCAGCUGAAUUCCUCCAGUCUCCAGAAGCUCUUUCGAGAGGUGAGAAUCAUGAAGAUGUUGAAUCACCCAAAUAUUGUUAAGUUAUUUGAAGUCAUAGAAACUGAGAAGACGCUGUACUUGGUUAUGGAGUAUGCCAGUGGGGGUGAAGUGUUUGAUUAUCUCGUCGCUCACGGGCGGAUGAAAGAGAAAGAGGCCCGGGCCAAGUUCAGACAGAUCGUGUCAGCGGUGCAGUACUGUCACCAAAAGUGCAUAGUGCACAGAGAUCUGAAGGCAGAGAACCUGCUCCUUGACAGCGACAUGAACAUCAAAAUCGCCGACUUUGGCUUCAGCAAUGAGUUCACGCUGGGCAAUAAGCUGGACACCUUCUGCGGCAGCCCCCCCUACGCAGCCCCCGAGCUCUUCCAGGGCAAGAAGUACGACGGGCCCGAGGUGGACGUCUGGAGCCUGGGGGUCAUCCUCUACACGCUGGUCAGCGGCUCGCUGCCUUUCGACGGCCAGAACCUCAAGGAGCUGCGUGAGCGAGUCCUUCGGGGGAAAUACAGGAUCCCCUUCUACAUGUCCACUGACUGCGAGAACCUGCUGAAAAAAUUCCUCAUCUUGAACCCCACCAAGCGGGGCAGCUUGGAGCAGCAGAUCAUGAAGGACCGGUGGAUGAACGUGGGACACGAGGAAGAGGAGCUUAAGCCAUAUAUAGAGCCAAAACCUGACUACAACGACCCCAGGCGGACAGACAUCAUGCUUCAGAUGGGCUACUCUCAAGAAGAGAUCCAGGACUCCCUUAUCAACCAAACAUACAAUGACGUUAUGGCUACGUACCUUUUGUUGGACUACAGGACCUCAGAGAUGGACGAAGGUGCCAACGUGACAAUAAAAGCCCGUCCAGUAAAUGACCUCACGAAAAGUAAUGUGCAGUCCCCUCCCCACAAGGUACAGCGCAGCGUCUCGUCCAACUCCAAGCCCCGAAGAACCACAGACCAGGGCUCCUCAUCCUACUCCAAGCGCUCCCAGGGAGAUGGUAAGCACACGACUGAGGAUUCCACGAGGAAAACUUCCAGCGGCUCCACCAAAGUCCCCCCCAGCCCCCUGGCUCCGGGCGACCACACAAAAAGCCCCUCUAACCCCUCCACUAACAACAUCCUGUCCACUGGUACAAGCCGGAGCAGGAACUCCCCCCUCAGUGAGAGGGCCACUCUGGGACAAGGGGUACAGAACGGCAAGGACAGCCUGAACACCCCCGGGUCCCGCGCCUCCACCGCCUCAGCAGCUGCUGUCCUCACCUCCUCCUCUUCCUCCCGCUCCCGUCACCAAAAGUCCCUGUCCUCCUCUGCCCAUCCCAGCCCCCUCGACUUCCACGCACAGCGCCCCAGCACUGCUCCUCAAAGAUAUCCUGGGGUGUCUCCCUCGGCCCAAAAUGUCAGCAGCGCCGGCGUGACGGACCGCACCAACUUCCCCAGAGGAGUGGCCAGCCGAAGCACUUUCCACGCUGGUCAGCAGAGGGCGACGAAGGACCAGCAGGCCUCGGCCUACAAUGGCCCCCCUGCCUCCCCCUCCCUCUCACACGGGACAAGCCAGCCGCGGCGUCCCGGAGCAGCAGGCAUCUUCAGCAAGUUCACUUCUAAGUUUGUGCGCAGAAAUCUCUCGUUCAGAUUCCCCAGAAGGAGCCCGUAUGAGGGAGAGGGUCAUGAUGAGGGCAGCAGGCCAAUGCUGAGCACCACAGGAGACAAGAGUGAGAAGGUCCCAGGUGGCACUGUGGGCUCCAUGGGAGACGAGAACAAGGACUCACUGUCCUCCUCGCCGGUCCCCAGUGGCACACCACCCUCUAGGGACUCCAAACCCCGGUCACUGAGAUUCACCUGGAGCAUGAAGACCACAUCUUCUAUGGAGCCCGGCGAGAUGAUGAAGGAGAUUCGCAAGGUGCUGGACUCCAACAACUGCGAGUACGAGCUGCGGGAGCGCUUCAUGCUGCUGUGCCUGUCAGGCGACCCGUCGCGGGAUGACUUUGUGCAGUGGGAGAUGGAGGUCUGCAAGCUGCCGCGCCUCUCGCUCAAUGGCGUGCGCUUCAAGCGCAUCUCCGGCACCUCCAUCGCGUUCAAGAACAUCGCCUCCAAGGUUGCCAACGAGCUGAAACUGUAAUCGUUCUCAUGGGCGCAACAUAACCAGAGAUGUGUCAAGUUUGACGACGACAACGUCGCGGAAUCGAGGUUCUAUUUGAGAUGGAGACGACCCAGGAGAAGAAAACUAAGGCCUAGAAAUGGCUUUGGCCUCUAAGGGACACAUGUAGACUGCGCACCAGGAGCAGAUCAUCGGACUUGCAGGGCUGUGAUUGUCAUAGAGGCUACAUGUUGGGGGCUUAGAUUUUUCAAGUGUUAAGUCAUUUGACUCCUCCUCCCUCCCAGUUAACCUCCGUCCUUAGAUCGUGUUUUUUUUUUUUUUUAAUGUAUUUUUUAUCUCCAAAUUCAUGAAAAUGUAUGACCAUUUUUUUUUUGGCCUGCUGUUUGUUUUUUUUUUUUUUUUAAAGUCUCAUACCUCUUUGUAGAGGACAGGGGCAAGGGAAUGGUUGGCGGUACCUGGAACGUCAGAUGUACUGUGAGUCUCUUGGCCUCAAACCAGUUUGUUUCAGUUCAGUGCAAAAUGGUGACCCAUCUCCAAGCAGAAGCAACAGUAAAGCAACAAACUCCCUGGCUUCCUGAGUGUACAGCACAACCGUGUGGUACCCUGAGGGCAGCCCUCCCGUGGGCAAACCUGUCCACACCUGCUGUCUUAACACUAGAGUUCCAUCCACUUCACUCCUUUUCUUCAGCCAGUUACAUUUCUACUGCAGGGGUCAAUUAUGAGAUGAACUGAACAAGGGCCAAUUAUGUAAAAAUGGAUGGAUUGUACUUGUAACUGAGUUGCUGCUUGGUUUCAAGUUCUGCACUGGAAUGAAUCUGUUGUUACUUUUCUGAAGAAAAAAUAAUUACUAUAAGCAAGCUGAAUGAUCUUUUGUUUUGUGUUUGUUCAAUUGUAUCUCGUCGUUGUAUAGAGAAUGUAAACGGAACACGAGACUCCAUCAUGCCUCCCUCCAAGCCACCCGGAAAGAAAGUAUAAAUUCUAUCUAUAAAUAUAUAAAUAUCUACAAAUCUAUAUAUCACUGAAAAGGAAAUUAUUUAGUUUGUGUCAUUUUAAUUUGUGCAUUUGAGAAUGUGACUUGAACCAUUGUUUUCCCUCUCAAAACACCCCCCACCCGCCUGACUGACGAAGAGGAAAAAUGGAGAAAGUCCAAGAGAGAAACUGUCCAACCAUAACUCCGCCCCCCUGCGGCACAGGGGUAAAAAGACUAGGGUUGUGGCAGUUUCAUACCUUAUCACAAAUAUUGUUGCAUUAUUUUAUUACUAUCACUGUCGUUUUGACUGGAGGAUUUACUAUGAUGCAUGGGGGUGAUCCUGCUGUUUCUGUAUUUACAACCAAAUGGCCGUUUGCCUCAAACAUCUUUCUCACAGUAAUUCUGUAUGUAAUUUUUGGGUGGGGGGGUGGGGGGGCGUUCUUUAAAGUUAAUUAUCUUAAUUGACUACUGCUCAUUUUCGUCUUGGUUUAGUGUAUUAUUCCUUUUUUGGUGUUUUUGUUCUUUAUAAAGAUAUUUUUAGCACAGUAAAGGAGCUACACUGGUUUAUUUAAGUUUGGCGGUAUCAGGUAUAGAUCCUGACGUGAGAGUAGCUGUGUUAAACAGGACAGUGGGUCAGGUUGUGUGUGUGUGUGUGGUGGAUGUAACCCCCCCCCCCCUCCAUCCCAGCAGGCCGUGUCCUCCUGUGCCGUCACCAGUACACAAGACAUGAUUGAUAGAUGAGUGGUGACUGAAGUAAUUGAAUUACCAAAGGACUAAACUGUCAGUUCCCCAUUGAUUGUAAUGCCUUGUGCUCUACCUACUGGAUUUGUUAUGAGUUGUGAAAUUUGUCUGCGAGUGACUUCGGAGUCAGUGCUGAGUCACUGCAGAAGCUGGUGUCCAGGUCUGGACUGCGGUGUGGGAAGGAUGGGCGUCUCCUAUCGUAGUUAUGCCUGUGGAUGAGCACCUUUUGGUCCUUGUUCCCUUUUGCACCGCAGUACUGUAAGUAAUUGUCUUGUAAAAAAAAAAAAAAUGUAAAAAAAAUCUGCAAAAUCCCAUCCUAUGUAUACUGUUAGCUCUUCUCCAUCGUAUCCAGUGCUGCAUUAAUUUCAAUAGCAGGAGGGGUUUAGCCAGUUUGAGUGUGAACGUACAAGCUUCAUACAUGCCUGCUUAGACUGAGUGUGAGAUGUACUGUGCCGAUUUGCGUCAUUAAUGGUUAUUGCAGAAAGGAGCCCCUGCUGUGUGUGGAUCAACUGGCUCACCACAGUCAGGCACCGAGGCUUUCUGCAGUUCCACUUCCCUCUGCUCGGAGCGUGUGACCAUUUCGGGUCCUGUUUGGAACCACCUUUUCCAGUUCAUUCAAAUUCAGCUCCUGUUUGCAGAUUCCUCAUCCUUUGGUAUCAAUUUCCAAGGGUGACGGAGUUUGAGGCGUGAUUGCCGUGUCACUGGGCCAUAAAAAAAGAUAGCGUGUGAGACGGAGGUGCGUAGCGAAGCGGGGGCACGAUCUGUGCGUUUCCAGCCACUCUGAAGCUCUCCCAGUUGGCCGCUGUAGAGUUUUAUCCUUACCCAUGAUCAAAAUUACAGCUGAUGAAUACGGAUGUGUGUAUCGUGCACUUGGUGCGAAUUGUGUAGUGUCUCCCCACUGCUGUGCAAUGGGACUGUGGCACCCCCUCAUCAGCAGCCUCUCCAGUACCGUCUGGGUUCGGGGCUCCAACAAUACAGGAAGGCAAUGUUAAAAAGAAGGUGCAGAGGCAGAAAAGGGUGGACGGUCUUAAAUGCAAAUGUGAACUGCUUCGGAGAACACCUGUGCACAUCUGUAUAUUUUUUUCCUGAGAUUUUGUUUUUAAUAAAACUUUUUCUUUCCAGAUGAUUUUGUUCAAGGUGCUGGGAAUCCUAUCUUUUUUCAGGGUUGAUUUUGUCACAUUUUUUUCCAUUGCUGUAAUUUACAUUUUUUUGUGUCACAAACUGCACAAUUGGUGUGGCCAGGGUGGGACAAUGUAUUGUUUUUUUGUGAGGAAAAUAAUUCAAUGAUAGUAAUAAACAAAUGGCAUUAAAACGAAA